GUUGCAUGGAAAAGCAUUGCAGAUGCAGCCCAACUUCAUAACGAGCAUCAUUCUGAACAGAUUGAAUCGAACAGAUUACCCGCAAUCUUGAUUGGCAACUAGCAAUUUUGGCAGCAAUUCCGAUCCCAAAGUAUCAUCUUAUCAGUCGUUGUCUUCCGUUGGAUUCAGAGCAUCAACUACAGACAUCAAGCUUAGGACCAAUCUCGGAAGCUCCCAAAACCAAAACCCACCCAGACGCCCCACCACUUCCGGCGACGUCGUCCUGGACGGUGCCGCUUGGUGGAGGCCAUGCGUCGCCGGAAGCCAAUCGAAGGCUUCCUUCUGUGUGGUCUCUUCUUCUGGACGCUGCUGGUGCAUCUCAUAUCCACAUGUUUGGCCAUCCAGCUCGAGGAACGGAUGGAGAUUGUCCGGAAAGUGCUCAAGGAAGUGCCUUUGAUCGAUGGUCACAACGACCUGCCGUGGAACAUCCGGAAGUUCCUCAAGAACCAGCUGCGGGAGUUUCGCUUCGGCGAGGAUCUGCGCUUUAUUACGCCGUGGUCAACGAGCGCCUGGAGCCACACGGAUCUGCGGCGGCUGAAGGAGGGCAUGGUUUCGGCACAGUUCUGGUCAGCUUAUGCGCCCUGCUCAUCACAGCACCUGGACGCGGUGCAAUUAACCUUAGAACAGAUAGACUUAAUACGCAGAUUAGUGAAUCUUUAUCCGCAGCACAUGGCCCUGGUGACGACGGCAGACGGCAUCGAGGAAAGUCAUCGAGCUGGGAAGCUGGCCAGUCUGAUCGGCAUCGAGGGUGGCCAUUCGAUAGGGACCAGUUUGGGGGUGCUGCGGACCUUCUACCAGCUGGGGGCCCGGUAUCUGACCCUAACGCACACCUGCAACACUCCGUGGGCCGAUUGUUGCAAAGUUGAUGAACCGGGCCGGGUUCCUCACAUAGGGGGCCUAUCGCACUUCGGAACCCUGGUGGUGACGGAAAUGAACCGGCUCGGGAUGAUCGUGGAUUUGUCCCACGUUUCGGUGCCGACCAUGUUGGAUGCGCUGGCCACUUCCAAGGCACCGGUCAUCUUCUCCCACUCCUCGGCACAUGCAAUCUGCAACAGCUCCCGCAAUGUGCCGGACCAUGUGCUGAAGCGAUUGUCGGCAAAUGGUGGCCUGGUGAUGGUUGCAUUCUAUCCACAUUUCGUUAGUUGUGGCGAGAAGGCAACCCUGAAGGAUGUUGUCGCUCACAUCAAUCAUAUCCGGGAUGUGGCAGGAGUGGACCACGUCGGAAUCGGAGCCGGAUACGAUGGCGUUAAUCUGGUCCCGCAAGGUUUGGAGGACGUUUCCCGCUAUCCGUACCUGCUGGCCGAGCUGCUCGAAUCGGAGAAAUGGACCGAGGACGAUAUCGCCAAGCUGGCGGGGAGAAAUUUAAUUAGAGUUUUUAAACAAGUCGAACAGGUACGCGACCAGUUGGAGGCCCAGGGCAUGCUCCCGAUUGACCAAUCCAUCCCACCGGAGGACAUCCUGGGGAGAUCUUACUGUCGCUACUCGGGACCAAGAACGUGACGCAAACGGAGCUUCCCGGCGCCCUUCACGGACGUGUUUUUCACCACGGCAGUUGCCAGAACUGUCACGGCCAUCACCACGAGCACAGAACAGCAACAAUUAGAACCAAAGCACAUUGCAGGUGUCUUCGGGACAGGUGAUAGUUAAGCUUAAAAAUUCUUGGAGCGGUAAGCCAUCGAAAUAAAAAUUAGAAAAGGGUGUGGGAGAAAUUUUACCAUCUGCACAAUUUGUACACUUCCACAAAAUGAAUCUCAACACACGUCAUUAAAAGUAGAUUAUCAAAUUUAAACGGAACGAUCCCCAAAGAUCUCGAGAAAGAAAAGUACCAUACGGAUUCGGUAGAACGGAGAAACCAAAAAGUCUAGAUAAUUAAAAAGAGUUAGCAUAUCACACAGCUUGAUCGUAACGAUCUAUUUACGGUCGAACGGAGAGGUAUUACUACAAAUUUUAUUUUAUUUCUUAUAUUUACCGAGUAAUUACUCAUGAGAGUAAGUAUUUUCUUGAUAUUAAAAAUUUUCAUCUCCGCACACGUAUAUAUUUUUUUACCGAACAAUAACUGAACUUUCACUCAAAACAAACAGCAAGGCAAAAAGCAAAUUUACAGGAAUCCGACGAAUGCAUGCAAAAUGCGGAGCGUGUUUAAAAAAACGAAAAUAAAUUCUAAAUUUAAACUGUUUUAGGCUUAAUUGUAAAAACGAAAAUAACGAUACAAAUUGAUUAGAAAAACCAAAAUCACAAACAUAAAUCUUAACAAUAGAUGUGUAGAGUUUAUCAAAAUGUUACAUACUAUCCCACAAAAAAAAGAAACAAAAUCAAAAAUCGUUGAAAAAUAAUCAAUCACGAAAAAUACAUGUGCAAAAAAUGAAAAACCGAUCGUGAUCCGAACUCAAAAAACGUGUCAGGAUUUUUAAGUGAUAGUUCCGAAAAAUAAAAUUAAAAAAUAAACUUAAACCAUCAGCAAACGGAAAAACCAAAGUGUAAAUAGAACUGUCGUUCCCCCCUGCCAUAGUUUUAAGUUAACACCGGUACUGGUAAGAAGGAAAAAUUGCUUGGAAAAUUUUAUCCUUCACAAGUUUGCAGAAAACAGAUCAUCGCAUUCAUUACUGAAUACAAACACAACUCGACAGAAUAUAAACGUAACAAUCAACAAACAUUGAAAAAACACUGUGCCACAGUUUGAAUAGUAAGAAUUGAUAUGGAGAGAAUGCGCCCGAUGUUUGGUUCAUUGUUUUUUUUUCGUUUGUUCAAAUAGACAUCUAUUUAUUUAAAAAACUUUUUAAUCUGUUUUUUUUUUGUUUAAAUAAUAUGUUCAAAAUUGCCCGGGUUUUAACGUGAAAGGUUUUAUCCACACGACCGCAAAGUUGAGUCAGAAUUUCUAAAACCGGUAUUAUGUCAAUGAAUAUCUUUUUAAAAAUUACUAGGUAUAUUUUUUUAUAUAAUUUUUUAUAGAGGUUCAACAAUUCAUAUGAAGCAAAAAAAAAAACAUAGUUAUUCCAAUUUGAUUGCUCAGUUGCGUUUGCAGUGAAAAUGUUUUCAGCAUUUUCACCUCAACUGGAAUAUUUCGCAACGCUUAAAAUAGAAUCAUGACCCUUAUCCUCAAUCUUGUACCUCCAGAUGCUCAAUCACAAUCCUGGGUCCUGAUCUUAAGGGAGGAGUAGGGUUUAAAGAAGAAAUUAUAAAAAUAAAUUAUAGGCCUUUAUCUCCUCUUAUCUAAUACUGCAGCAGAGCAGAGCAGAAACUUCAAACGCGUUUUUCUCGGAAGCACAUUUUUAAAGUUAGUGGACAUCGUCACUUGAAAACUACUUCACCGAUUCUUUUCAAAUUUGGCACAUAUUUUCUACAUAUCAAAUACCAAACCCCAACGAUUUUCUUUUUUUUUACUUUGGAGAGAUUUUACAGAUAAAAAAUGGCGGAUUUUUUUCGUGAAAAAUCGUAGUUUUUACUUCAAACAGCCAAAAAAAUUUCAUAAAAAAUUUUUUAAGUUAAAUAAAUUCGUUGGGAUCCAGAAAACAUCAAUUAAAAAUAUGUUGCUCUGAUUUUUUUUACUUCAGAUGAUUCUGUGCUGAGAUACAGUGUCCACCGCAAAUCCUGUUUUCUAAAAGGCAUCCUCGAAAGUGCUCCAUUUUUCAAUAUUUUUCUACGAAAAAAUUACUAAAUGUUGUUUUAACAAUGCUUUGUAUAAUGCAAAAAAAUUGAAUACAUUUUUUUGAACGAUAGCUCAAAAAAAAAUUCGUGAAAAUGGUGUUUUUUUUACCCGUUAGACUAUACUCCCCUCUUAAUAAGCAUCUUUUAUUCCAAUCCUCAUCAUGAUCCUUAGUUGUGAUUCCUGAUAGUGAAUACAGGACUAAGAUCCGGAUCUUGACUCAUAAUUGUAGUCUGCGAUCCUGACUGACCCGAACCGUGAAUCCAAAUGACUACCCCCGUUCCUUAUCCUGAUUCAGGACCCUGGAUCCCAUUACUUUUGAAAGUUUAACCUUUUACAACAGACCCACUAAACAAGGCACCUCUUUCUACA